UUUUUCUCUACAGAACUCUAUCAGGUCUUCCCGACCCCACUCAUAGCCUCCUCACACCGACGAAGUGAUAGUCACUGCCGCCGUCGCAUUCAGAAGUCGGAACAGCCGGAACUCGCCUAUCUCCGCUUUUCUGCAAAUGGCUGAAACUCCAACAAGGAGAUCUCUUAAACCCCCCCCAAAACAGCCGCCCAUCUCAGAUUUAUCGCGUGCAAUUCCACCUACACCUCAAACCCUAGACCCCACGCCUCGCCGCCGCUCCCUCCGCCUGACCUCCUUCAAACAUGUAGCCUCAACACCACCUCCGAUUCGUCCCUCCACCUGCGACUCCUCUCGCCGGAAAUCUCUCAAAUUCUCUUCACAAAAUGCCGACAACUUCUCUGACCGCGAACGUCACUGUACUGAUUCAACUCCCAUUUUAGCUCCCCCACCAAAGUCGCCUGAUCCAAUUCAAUCUGGGUGGAAGAGGAAGCGCACUGAAUCCAAAAAUACCCGUCCCAAGAAAACUAGGACCUCGAAAUCUGGGAGAAAGCGAGUUUAUUACAAGAAGGUUGUAUACGACGGGGGCGAGUUUUCAGUGGGGGAUGACGUCUACGUGAAGAGGAGAGAGGAUCUGAGCUCAGAAGAUGAAGAUCCAGAAGUAGAGGAAUGCAAGGUUUGCUUCAGGGCGGGAAACAGAGUGAUGCUUGAGUGUGAUGAAUGCUUAGGUGGGUUUCAUCUAAAGUGCUUGAACCCUCCUCUAAAAGAGAUUCCAGAAGGUGAUUGGAUCUGUGGGUUUUGCGAGGCAAAGAAAUCUGGGAAAUCUCUGGAAUCACCCGCCCCUCCUAAGGGAAAGAAAAUGGUUAGGACAGCUAGAGAGAAGCUUCUUGCCAGUGAUCUGUAUGCAGCCAGAAUCGAGAGCAUAUGGAAAGAAGUGGACGGUACUUAUUGGUUUAAGGCUCAUUGGUAUAUUAUUCCGGAAGAAACUGCUGCAGGAAGACAACCACAUAACUUAAGGAGGGAGUUAUACCGUACUAAUGACUCCGCUGAUGUUGAGAUGGAAUCUGUCAUCAGACACUGCUACAUUAUGACUCCUAAUGAAUUUUCCAAGGCAAGGGAUGAGGGAGAUGAUGUUUUUCUAUGUGAAUAUGAAUAUGAUGUCCAGUGGUAUAGCUUUAAACGUAUUGCUGACAUUGAUGAUGGUAAAGAGGAUUGUGAAGAAGAUGAUAGUGAUUGGGAGCACAGUUCUUGUGAAGUUUCUGGGUCAGAGGUUGAAGAUGAUAUGGAACAUGAAGAUGAGAAUAGACAAAACUUAUUGAGUAGACAAUUGCCCCUUCAUCCACUGGCUGCGAAUUCAAGAAAAGGGAGGAUUUUUGGACUCCAGAAAAUAGGAGCAAAGAAAAUUCCUGAACAUGUAAGAUCCCACAAGCUGACGGAACUCGAAAAGGCAAAAGCAGCACUUCUGUUAGCAACCAUUCCCAAGCAUUUACCUUGUAGGAAUAGAGAAAUGGAAGAUAUAUUUGCAUUUAUCAAAGUUUCCUUAUGUGAAGAUCAUUGCCUGGGAAAGUGCUUGUACAUUCAUGGUGUUCCUGGGACAGGAAAGACCAUGAGUGUGUUAGGGGUAAUGAGGAACCUCAAGUCUGAGGUUGAUGCAGGAAGUGUUAAGCCUUACUGCUUUAUAGAAAUUAAUGGUCUAAAAUUGGCUUCCCCUGAAACUGUUUACAGCGUUAUUUAUGAAUCAUUAUCAGGACAUAGAGUUAGCUGGAAAAAAGCUCUCAAGCUUUUGAAUGAGAGAUUCUCAAAUGGAUCAGACCGUGGCAAAGUGGAUAGCCGCCCUUGUAUUCUACUAAUUGAUGAACUUGAUCUUCUAGUAACUAGGAGCCAAUCGGUCCUAUAUAACAUUCUUGAUUGGCCUACUAAGCCACAUUCGAGACUAAUUAUUAUAGGGAUAGCAAAUACUAUGGAUCUCCCAGAGAAAUUGCUUCCUCGUAUUUCAAGUCGUAUGGGCAUUCAAAGAUUAUGCUUUGGCCCCUACAACUACCAGCAACUUCAAGAAAUUAUUUUAACCCGCCUGAAUGGAAUAGAUGCUUUUGAAAAGCCUGCAAUUGAAUUUGCUUCAAGAAAGGUGGCAGCUGUUUCAGGUGAUGCCCGCCGUGCAUUGGAAAUAUGCAGACGUGCUGCAGAACUUGCCGAUUACCGUUUUAAGAAAAUUCAUUCUUCUGCAGCAGGAAAAAUACUAGUUGGAAUGACUGAAGUUGAAGCAGCUAUUCAGGAAAUGUUCCAGGCUCCUCAUAUUCAAGUGAUGAGAAGCAGCCCAAGGUUGAGUAAGAUCUUCUUGGCUGCUAUGGUUUAUGAGCUUCACAAGACAGGAAUGAGCGAGACCACCUUUGAUGAGUUGGCAGAGACAGUUGCAGUUCUUUGUACAAGCAAUAGUGAAAAGUUUCCAGGUUGGGAUUCACUCCUAAAAGUUGGAUGCAAGCUUGGAGAAUGCAGAAUACUGGUGUGUGAACCAGGAGCAAAGCACAAAUUGCAAAAAUUACAGCUCAACUUCCCCAGCGAUGAUGUCACUUUUGCACUUAAAGACUGUGCGGAGCUACCAUGGCUGGCUAAGUAUAUGUGAUCAAAUGCAGGUGGAAACAUUCACGUGUGAUUCAUUUAUAGAAGUAGUGCGCAAGAAACAGUUUUAUUUAUUAUUAUAUUAUUCUUAAAUCCUAACGAAAAUAGAGAGUAAGCACAUUUUAUUUACUUGUUCACAUGCGUUUGAAAAAGACCUUAGUUCCUUAGUACUGAGUAAUAAAGUUCCUAAAUUGUAACAAGUUCCAAAAUAUGUAAAACUAGAAAAAACCAAUGUUAUUGAAAAGACCUUGAUUGCUC